AUGAAAUCUUCACCGGGUCUUCACAUUAUUAUCGUCGGCGCAGGCAUCACCGGCCUGGCUACAGCAACAUCCCUCCGUCGCGCCGGCCACACAGUCCAUCUCUACGAAAAGUCCGCGCAAGACAACGAAAUCGGCGCUGCAAUCUACGUGCCGCCCAAUGUCAGCCAGUUCCUGCUACCAUGGGGGCUGGACCUAGACAAGUGGGGCUUUGUCAAGUCGCAAAAGGUCUCUUUCCUGCAUCAUGCCUCCUUAGAAACAAAAAUGACGCUGUCGGAUGGCAUGACCGCUAAGGGGCUUACUGGUGCAGAGCUGUACUAUGCCCACCGCGUUGAUUUGCAUGGCUGCCUCAGAUGGAUGGCUACGCGACCUGAAGGUCCAGGGAGGCCGGCUACAAUCCACCUUAUGAGCAAUGUGGUAGCAUAUGACCCUCUUGCCCCGUCUAUCACUCUUGCCAGCGGGGAGGUCAUCUCCGCUGACGUCGUCAUUGGCGCGGACGGGGUGCGCUCUGACGCCGUCGAGGCCAUCAUCGGCGACAAAGUCCAGACAAUGCGCCCGAGGUUUGCCAACACAUGCUACCGCUUUCUGGUGCCUGCGGAUGCGAUUGAAGCAGAUCCUGCAACUCAAUUCUGGAAUGAGGGCUCGGACGGCUGGUCCCGUGUCAUGAUUGAAAGCGUGACGGGGCGCUCAGUAGUGUCCUAUCCUUGUCGAAGCAACACUAUCCAUAACUUUGUUCUCAUCAAUAACGAGGAAAAUGAUACAAAUAUGUGUGCAGAAGACUGGCACGCCCGCUUCAAAAUUCCCGAUAUUCUCAAGAAAUUCUCGGAUUACGACCCCAGACUGCUCAAGGUUCUAAGCAAAGCGCCAGACGCACGCCGCUGGCCACUGAUAUACCGUAAGCCCAUUCACCAAUGGACUAAAGGAUGCAUGACGCUGGCUGGAGAUGCUUGCCAUGCUAUGCUUCCUUUUCUAGCUCAAGGCGGGGCCCAAGGCAUAGAAGACGCCGUGGCGCUUGGAGUCGUACUUCAAGGGGCGACGACGCGUGAUGACAUCCAGAAGCGGCUGCAAAUCUAUCAAGAAGUACGCAUGAAGCGUGCAUCUAUUAUCCAGAUUCUUAGCAACAUGGGUGCAGAUCACUCUGUAUCAGUCGAGGAUCUCAAAGAGUAUUUGAACGAGGACCAAAUGCCAUACAGCCAGCAUGAUAUGAUGAUCCAUAAUUAUAAAUAUGACGUAGCAGAAGUUGCAUUCGAGGCAAUGAAGAGAUAUGAUCCUUCAUUUAGGCUGGGGAAUGAUUUUCUCGGCCGGUAGCCAGCUAUAUAUAUAUAGAUGGUUGAAGGUCCUGGAUUGCCC